AUGGCGGACAAGGUGAAACUAAUUCUAGCGAGGCCGAUACAGUUGGGUGAUCAGGUGGUGAAGGCGGCCGACAAUGUGAAUUCUAUGAAACAGGAAUGCGCGGAGAUCAAGGCGAAAACGGAGAAGUUGCUGGGUCAACUUCGGCAGGCGGCGCGUUCCACCAACGACAUCUAUGAGCGGCCCACGCGCCGCAUCAUGGACGACACCGGACAAGUCCUUGACAAGGCCCUCAGCCUCAUCAUCAAGUGCAGCGCCAACGGCUUCAAGCGCGUCUUCACCAUCAUCCCCACUGCAGCCUUUCGGAAAAUAUCUCAGCAGCUCGACAACUCCUACGGCGACGUGUCUUGGCUCCUCCGAGUCACCAACCCGGCGGAGGAGCGCGAUGACUAUCUCGGCCUCCCUCCCAUUGCCUCCAACGAGCCAAUUCUGUGCCUCAUUUGGGAACAAAUAGCCGUCCUGUGUUCGGGGUCACUCGACGAACGAUCAGAUGCUGCAGCUUCUCUUGUGUCUUUGGCUCGGGACAAUGAUCGAUAUGGGAAGCUUAUUAUAGAGGAAGGUGGGGUUGUGCCAUUGUUGAAAUUGGCCAAGGAAGGACGACCGGAGGGUCAAGAGAACGCUGCGAGGGCCAUUGGGCUUCUGGGUCGUGAUCCGGAAAGCAUCGAACACAUUGUGAAUGGUGGUGUGUGCCAGGUGUUUGCGAAAAUCCUCAAAGACGGUCCCAUGAAGAUUCAAGUCGUGGUGGCUUGGGCUGUCUCGGAGAUGGCCGCACAUCACCCCAAAUGUCAAGACCAUUUCGCUCAAACCAAUACCAUUCGUUUGCUUGUGGGUCAUCUCGCAUUCGAAACCAUUCAAGAACAUAGCAAGUAUGUUGUCCCAAACAAACAUGCAAUGACCUCCCUCCACACCAUUGUAAUGGCUUCGAAAACCGACAACAACAACGACGACGUUAAGCAAUUACAUAGUCAGUCUUCUCAUCCAUUGGGCAAUAAUACUACAAGCUCAAUGCACAAUUUGGUUAGUAAUACCAUGACCAUGAAAAACCCAUCCAACACAACCCCAUCACAAAGCCACCCUAACCAUGCCAAGAGUAAUCACACCGCCACCAAGUCAAGCCGCCCCCAAAAGCAGCAACGCCACCAGACUCACGGCCACGAUUCUGUAACCGCCGGGACUAGCCAUAAGGCGAAGGAAUCUGUGGAUCCGGCUACCAAGGCUCAAAUGAAGGCGAUGGCGGCGAGAGCCCUCUGGCACCUCUGUGCAGGGAAUGUCUCCAUAUGUUCAAGCAUAACGGAGUCAAAAGCACUUCUAUGCUUUGCAGUUUUGUUAGAAAAUGGUCCUGAUGAUGUUCAAUAUAACUCAGUCAUGGCACUUAUGGAAAUCACGGCGGUGGCAGAGCAAAAUGCCGACUUGAGGCGCAAUGCUUUCAAGCCCACUUCACCGGCUGCAAAAGCCCUUGUGGACCAGUUCAUGAAAAUAAUCAAACAAGCAGACUCGGACCUCCUCAUUCCCUGCAUCAGAGCUGUUGGAAACUUGGCAAGGACUUUCCGGGCAACCGAAACAAGAAUUAUAGCGCCAAUUGUUCAGCUGCUGGAUGAAAGGGAACCUGAUGUUUCGAGAGAGGCAGCGAAUGCUUUGAUCAAAUUCGCGUGCACCGACAAUUAUCUCCAUGCGAAUCACUCCAACGCCAUAAUAGAUGAAGGGGGUGCUAAGCACCUAAUCCAACUUGUGUACUUUGGUGAACAAAUUGUUCAAUUACCAGCAUUGAUUCUGUUAUCUUACCUUGCAAUGCACGUACCGGAUAGUGAGACAUUAGCGAAAGAAGAGGUGCUUAUCGUGCUCGAGUGGGCAACAAAGCAAGGGCCUUUGGUGCAAGAUCAUGAAGUUGAAGAGCUACUAUUUGAAGCCAAAAGUAGAUUGGAACUCUAUCAAUCCAGAGGGACAAGAGGAUACCAUUGAUUCAAAUCAUUCAAUCACUUUGUACAUUAUUUCUGAGAAAAUCAUGAAAAAAAUUUAUGCUUUUUUUUUUUUUUUUUCAUUAUCAAGGAGUGUAUAGAGUUAUCUUUUAUGUAGUCAUCAAUUUUACAGAAGAAUGCCCAGUUGUUUUUUUUGGUAAUUAUACUGAUGGUCCUUAUUAUAGCU